AUGUUGUGCCGGGCCGCUCAACGGAGACACACUCUACGCCGCCUAGGCAGAUCAUAUGAGCAGAUAUCCUCGUCAUGGCUUCCCGUAGCAUACCCGCGAUUGCAGUGCCAAUCGAGCAGGAUUCAAACUUUGUCCCGGCCGUCCGUCCUCCCAACCCUCGAGUCCCCUAAUUCCCUACCCUUACGGUCCACCCGGUCAUUAGCAACGGCAACUUCAGACAUCAAUGUUCCGUUUGAGGGCCUCCCGUAUGGACAUGCAGAGAUUCACUCGCCGUUAACUGUAUCGCCUCUGUCGAAUUCCCCAUGGAACGAGCGGCUUCCGUAUCCAGAGCCUGAUGAUAUCGAUACCUCUUCAGUCAUCAUACGGAAGGAUUUCCUAAUUAGCCGGCCGCCUGCUGUGAGAAGAUCUAAUGGAAUUGGUGGCGAAUUGACCGAGAUGCUUGCGAACAUCGAUGUCAGCCUUUCAGCUGCUAUGUUCCGGCGUUCGGAGAUUCUGAUUCAUCGGGUUGCCAAGCUUAUUGGAUACGGUACGCCGGAAGUCCUUGAUCUUCACAACAAAUAUCUACGCUCGAUGAUCUCGCAUAUGAUUGUCCACCGGCGCUACGGGAUGGUGUGGUGGGCACAGAAAUGGUUUGAAGUCGACAUGAAGUAUGCUUUUGCGGAACCGGAUUCCAUAACCUACGCCCUGAUGAUUAAGAUGGCGUUACGCAUGUUAUUCGAAAAUAAGCAGAAACGAACAGUGAGAAGGUACUGGAAUCUUGCAAAAGAUGCGGAGAUUGAAGAGGAAGUAUUGGGUCUUCCCAUUCUAUCGGAAGCAGACUUGGGACUUCUUUCAGAGAUAUGUUCCGAAAAUGCUUACAACGAUUCAACCAUGCCCGAUGAGUCCUACAUUGAACCGGACGAGGACUUCUCUAAGAUUAAACCGAAGCUGCAUCCACCCGACGACAUUGCUCUCGUUCGCGCUACCGAACAACGAGGUCUUGGUCUUAGUUCUCUUAGAGAGACCUUAUCCAUCUUUGACCCCGAGCAAGCACUUCCCAGACCAUCCGAUCUGCCCGGCUCCCAAGAAGAACAAGAUCUGGCCUAUGCACAAAUGCGGCAGCGUCGCUUAGAAUCAGAUUGCGUCGACUCAGCUAUUGCCCGCUGGCGGAAGGAAAGUGAAAUGCUGCAAAAAGUUGGAGUCAAUCCCAUUCCCAGCAAGCCAAUGGGAGCCCUUUUAUACGACUGGCACACACAGCUCAUGUCAAGGAUAAAUGAGGAGCUGGAACUCAUCGAGGAAUCCGAAAAGAAGUCACGCAUGUUACCAGCGGAUAGCCAACGUGUAGAAAUAUCUCCGUAUUUGAGAGCGAUCAAAACCGACAAGCUCGCUGCCCUCACCAUUCUCAGCACUUUUAAUGCUCUCAAUAAGAGCGGCGUGGAUAAAGGGGUCAAGUUAACGGCACUGGUGAUGUACCUGGGAAAAGCGAUUUACGAUGAGUACUUGGCGAUGCAGUUGCGCGAAUUGGAAAAGAAGUCCAAAUCUCCCAGGAGAACAUCGGCCCUCAUUGAUAAGCUUGUCCACAAAGGCACAAAGAAAGCCCAGGUCCAAUGGCAACGAAUAAUUGCGAGAUUCGAGGAGAGCCAGAGACCAGUUGAUUGGUCACCUGUUGUUCAAGCUAAAAUCGGGGCUUGCCUUGCAUCAAUGUUGUUGUCGACUGCAACUGUUCCUGUUUCUACAAAAGAUCCGAGCACUAACAGGACACAACGGACUGACCAAGCCGCAUUCAGACGUGUUUACCAGUUGGAACGUGGCUUCAGAGUUGGCUAUGUUCAUGCCAAUGAUCAUAUCGUGGAGAAGUUACGCCGAGAGCCUCUUGGUGAAUUGUUAGCGAAACACUUGCCCAUGGUCUGUCCACCACGCCCGUGGACCAGUGCUCGAGAGGGUGGAUUUCUCGAAUACCCAUCCGCGGUCAUGCGAGUCAAGGCAGGGGAUAUUUCUCAGUUGAGCUAUGUUGAAACCGCAGCAGCCCGUGGAGACCUAGAUACUGUAUUCGCUGGAUUAACCGUCCUCGGCAAAACCGGCUGGAAAAUCAAUAGAGGGGUCUUGGAAGUGAUGCUCGAGGCGUGGAAUAGUGGCGAGGAAAUUGCUAACCUUGCUCCUGAAAACCCAAAUAUUAUCGAACCUGAAAAGCCCGAAACUGACGACCGAGAUAUUCUUAAAGAUUACUACCGGGCAAAAAUCCAUGCCGCAAACACCCGCACAGGCUACCAUUCACAGCGGUGUUUCCAGAAUUUCCAAUUAGAAAUUGCGCGUGCGUAUAGGAACGAAACCUUUUAUCUCCCCCAUAACCUGGAUUUCCGUGGCCGCGCAUAUCCGAUGCCACCAUACUUCAACCAAAUGGGUGCCGAUCAUUGUCGCGGUCUUCUAUUGUUCAGCAAAGGUCGCGAAUUGGGCACAAGCGGCCUGAGGUGGCUGAAGAUCCAUCUUGCCAACGUGUUUGGUUACGAUAAGGCAAGUUUCCAGGAACGCGAGCAGUUUGCAAUGGACCAUUUGGAAGACAUCAGGGACUCCGCCAUUAAUGGUCUAAAGGGCAAAAAAUGGUGGCUUGAUGCCGGAGACCCUUUCCAGUGCCUUGCAGCCUGCAUCGAAUUGACAAAUGCGAUGGCUCUAGAAGAUCCAACCAAGUUCGUUUCUCACCUGCCUGUCCAUCAAGAUGGUUCUUGCAACGGUCUUCAACACUAUGCUGCUCUAGGAGGUGAUAUCAUCGGCGCGCAACAGGUGAACCUUGAGCCUUCCGAUCGCCCCUCGGAUAUUUAUACCGGCGUGGCAGAGCACGUCAAACAAUCUAUUCAAAAGGAUGCAGCGAAUGGCGACCAAACUGCAAAACUACUUGAAGACAAAAUCACUAGGAAGAUUGUGAAACAAACGGUCAUGACCAACGUUUACGGCGUCACCUUCCUGGGGGCAAUCCGGCAAGUGCGGAAACAGCUCGUGGACCACUACCCUGACCUUUUCCAUUCUGGAGUUGCUGGUGAAUGCGCCACCUACAUAGCAAGGAAGAUCUUUGUCGCAUUGGGUUCGAUGUUUACCGGUGCUCACGACAUUCAAUUCUGGCUCGGCGAUUGCGCAAAUCGUAUCAGUCAGUCCUUGAGCCCCGAACAAAUCGAAGCCCUAGCAGAUGAACAGAACCUCAAGGUAGUAGGGAGGUUCCAAGGCGCCAAAAAAAUGGCGAAAAAUAUCAAAGAUCCUAAAUACCACUUUAAAUCCACUGUUGUAUGGACAACUCCGCUUAAACUUCCAGUUGCUCAGCCCUAUAGAGACGCUGCUUCCAUCAAGGUUUACAGUGACUUGCAGCAACUCAGCAUUCGGAACCCUCAGGCCAGCGAUAUUGUCAACAAACGCAAACAGCUACAGGCGUUCCCUCCUAACUUCGUUCAUUCCCUUGACGCUACUCAUAUGUUUCUUUCCGCGGUCAAAUGCGACGAACUCGGUCUUUCAUUCUCCGCGGUUCACGACUCUUUCUGGACCCAUGCAGCGGAUGUCGAUAUCAUGAACCGUGUGCUUCGUGAUGCUUUUGUUCUCAUGCACUCCGAAGAUAUCGUAGAGAGACUUGCUUCCGAAUUCAAAACUAGAUACGCAAAUCACAUGUACCUAGCCAACAUUAAGCCUGGCACGCCACUGGCCAAAGCAGUAUUGAAAUGGCGCAAGGCCACCAAAUCAUCGAAUAGCAAAAGGGCUCAAUUGGAUGAACUCGUUAAUGAGUAUAAACGAUUAAAGCUUCUGCGAUCUAACGAUCCCGAGUUGCAGGCUCAGGGCCGUGAAAUGGUUACCGCUGGAAAACUCGUUGCAGAGUCUGAAGAUGCUGAAUCCUCACUUGCCUCGAUGCAGUCGCUCGGUGUAGCUGGUAUCGGACAAAUUCCUCCUGAGGGGUCCGAAACGCCGACGGGGGACCGAGUGGUGACGUCAGAAGACCCGUUAGACGAGCUUGAAGAAGCGGCUUUUGAAGCCGAUACUUCCACCAAGCCAGAUGAGUUCUCACUAAGUGAGCUUGGCAAGGAGGCAGCGUCUCCCGACACAAAGCCGAAGGCCAAGUCUAAGCCUGCACCUAUUUGGGUUUGGCUGCCAUUGACCUUCCGCACAGUUCCUGCAAAGGGCGAAUUCGACGUCAAGAGACUGAAAAAUAGCGAGUAUUUCUUCUCGUAA